AUGACUACUACAACGAAUACGGUCGCAGCAAGGGAUUCUCGGUCAGGAGGUCCAAGGUGGGUCGCAGAACAAAGCAGGGGGCGGAGGGCGAAAUCAUUUGGCAGAUAUUUGUGUGCUCGGGGGAAGGAGAGCGAGACGGAAAACACAUGCAGCGGGAAGACAGGAAGAUGGAUCCUCGACCAAUCACGCGGUGCGGGUGUGAAGCCCGGAUUAAGGCCCACGUUGAUGAUGCCAGCGGGCAAUGAGAAGCAAAGGCGGGCUAGCGUGACAGAUGCUGAGGCCGCGUUGAAGUUCUUAGGAACUUUAAGGACCACUGAUUCUGGGAUGUUCUGGAGGUACUUGCUGGAUAUUGACAAGAGGCUAGAAAAUCUCUUCUGGUGCGAUGGUACAAGUCGUUAUGACUACAGCGUGUUCGGGGAUGUCCUGGGUUUUGAUGCAACGUACGGUCAUAACAAAUACAAGUGCCCUUUGGUAAUAUUCUCAGGGGUGGACCAUCAUAUGAGGACGGUGGUGUUCGGCUGCGCCAUCUUGUGCAACGAGAGCGAAGGAAGCUAUGUGUGGUUGUUGCGGUCAUUUCUUGAGGCAAUGAAAGGAAAACAGCCGAAAUCUGUCAUCACGGACGGGGACUUCACCAUGAAGAAUGCGGUUAGUACAGUUUUCUCUGGUGCACAUCACAGUUUGUGUAGCUGGCAUUUGUUAAGGAACGCCACUGCUAGAGUUGGACGGCCGGGUUUUCUUAGGAAAUUCUGUCUAUGCUUGAUGGGAGAUCUAGAGGUUGACGAAUUUGAGAGAAUAUGGACGGAUAGCGUGGCAGAGCACGGGUUGAAGGAUCAUAUGUGGAUAGCGGACAUGUAUGAAAAGAAGCAUUCAUGGUCUAAUGCGCAUAUCCGGGGGAAAUUUUUUGCAGGACUGAAGAAUACAUCGAGGUGCGAAGCUUUGAAUAUGAAGCUUGGGAAAUUUAUACACAAUGGGUACAAUCUGAGGGAGUUUGUGGAGCACUUCCAACUCUAUCUGAAAUUCAUGAGGAGAAGAAAACUAGUGGCAGACUACAAGUCUGCGUACGGCGAGCCUGUUGUAAAAACGAAACUCGAAGCCAUUGAGCAAUUCGCUGCGACGGUUUAUACAAGAGAGGUUUUCGAACUGUUUCGGGAGGUGCUGAUGCUAGCCAGCAAUGUGAGAGUUGUGUCCAACAAGAGUACGAGCGCUUGUGUUUUGUUCAAGGUUGCAAUGUACUGCAAGCAGAGAUCAUGGGCCGUGUCGUGGGCCGAGGAAGACGACAAAUUCAGCUGUUCUUGUCAGUGA